CAUGCGUACUCGCGCACUGCCUGCCGGGAGUUGUAGUUUCAGCGUGGUGGGCCCGGCAAGUCUGGUGGCCGAGUUCAGGUGCCGCGGCGCCUGAGGGCCGAGGCCGAAGUGGGGCAGCCACCCCGGGAGCCAAGGGUGCGGGGUCGGCGGUCGCCGGGCGCCAAAGAGAGGCGCGGGGUUCAGGAAGGGCGCGUGCGCGGCGAUAGGCCCCGGGGUAGGAGACAGGGCAAGGCCAGGCGAGGGGGCUGGUGGCCUGGGCAUCCCGCCUGGAAGAUGCACAAGAGGAAAGGACCCCCGGCACCCCCGGGCCGAGGCGCCGCCGCCGCCCGCCAGCUGGGCCUGCUGGUUGACCUCUCUCCAGACGGCCUGAUGAUCCCCGAGGACGGAGUUAAUGACCAGGAACUGGAGGCCGAGUUCUUGGCUCUGGUGGGGGGCCAGCCGCAAGCCCUGGAGAAGCUCAAAGGCAAAGGUCCCCUGCCCAUGGAGGCCAUUGAGAAGAUGGCCAGCCUGUGCAUGAGAGACCUGGACGAGGAGGAGGAGGGGACGGACGAGGAGGAUGUGGAGGCUGAUGGCGACCUGCUGGCGGAACUGAAUGAGGUCCUUGGGGAGGAGCAAAAGACUUUGGAGCGCCCCCCUCCUGUGGCCCAGCCCAGGGCCACAGCCCCGGGCCCCGGGGUGGAGGCCACCUUGCAGGAGAGGCUGGCCCUCUACCAGAGAGCAAUCGAAAGCGCUAGGCAAGCCGGGGAUGGCGCCAAGAUGCGGCGCUACGACCGGGGCCUGAAGACGCUCGAGAACCUGCUGGCCUCUGUCCAGAAGGGCAGCGCCAUCGACGAAGCGGACAUCCCGCCGCCCGUGGCCGUGGGGAGGGGCCCCGCCGCCCCGCCCAGCGAUGCCCCAGCGCCCACCCCGCCAGUGCCGGAGCCCAGGGCGUUCACGGAGGGUCCCCCUUUCAGCGCCCCAGCCUCGUCUCUGGGCUCGGCUAAGCCCCGUUCCCCUCCAGGUCCCUGCAGCCCUGGCCCCCUGGCCCAGCUGCAGAGCCGCCAACAUGAGUACAAGCUGGCUGCCCUCCACGCCAAGCAGCAGGGAGACACCGCCGCUGCCACCAGACUCUUCCGCGUGGCCAAGAGCUGUGACGCUGUCUUAGAGGCCCUGAGCCGGGGGGAGCCUGUGGACCUGUCCCACCUGCCCCCUCCACCUGACCAGCUGCCCCCAGACCCACCAUCACCACCACCGCAGCCUCCAGCUCCCGCCACCGUGCCCUCCACGCCAGAGGUUCCCCCAGCCCCGCGGACUCUCCUGGAGGCGCUGGAGCAGCGAAUGGAGCGCUACCGCACGGCCGCAGCCCAGGCCAAGGCCAAAGGAGACGAGCGCAAGGCUCGCAUGCACGAGCGCAUCCUCAAGCAAUACCAAGAUGCCAUCCGAGCCCACAAAGCUGGCCGAGCCGUGGAUGUGGCCGCGCUGCCCGUGCCCCCAGGCUUUCCCCCCAUCCAGGGCCUGGAGGCCAGCGAGCCUGCCCAGCAGAGCCUGGUGGGAGUGCUGGAGACCGCCAUGAAGCUGGCCAACCAGGAUGAAGGCCCAGAGGACGAAGACGAUGAGGAGCCUAAGAAGCCCAACAGCCCUCCAGCCCCCACAGCCCAGCCCAAGGCCCCACCCUCCAGGGCACCCCAGUCAGGAUCCGCCCCAGCAGCCAAGGCAGCCCCCAAAGGCACAUCCACCAGAGCCCAGCAGCAGCUGGCCUUCCUGGAGGGCCGUAAGAAGCAACUCCUGCAGGCCGCGCUGCGAGCCAAGCAGAAGAAUGACGUGGAGGGCGCCAAGAUGCUCCUGCGGCAGGCCAAGGGGCUGGAGCCCAUGCUGGAGGCCUCCCGCAGCGGGCUGCCCGUGGACAUCACCAAGGUGCCGCCGGCCCCCAUCAACAAGGACGACUUUGCCCUGGUCCAGCGGCCGGGCCCAGGUCUCUCUCAGGAGUGCGCCCGGCGCUACAGUGAACUCACCAAGCUCAUUAGGCAGCAACACGAGAUGUGCCUGAACCACUCUAACCAGUUCACCCACCUGGGCAACAUCACCGAAACCAGCAAAUUUGAGAAGCUGGCAGAAGACUGUAAGCGGAGCAUGGAGACUCUGAAGCAGGCCUUCGCCCGGGGCCUGCCCACACCCACUGCCCGCUUUGAGCAGAGAACCUUCAGUGUCAUCAAGAUCUUCCCUGAGCUCGGCAGCAAUGACAUGCUCCUGUGGGUUGUGAAGGGCAUCGGCCUGCCCACGCCACCAGGGCUGUCCCCCGGCGACCUGGAUGUCUUCGUUCGGUUCGACUUCCCCUAUCCCAAUGUGGAAGAAGCUCAGAAAGACAAGACCAGCGUGGUCAAGAACACAGACUCCCCUGAGUUCAAGGAGCAGUUCAAACUCUGCAUCAACCGCGGCCACCGCGGCUUCCGAAGGGCCAUCCAGACCAAAGGCAUCAAGUUCGAAGUGGUCCACAAGGGGGGGCUUUUCAAGACCGACCGGGUCCUGGGCACAGCACAGCUGAAGCUGGAUGCCCUGGAGACAGCAUGUGAGGUCCGGGAGAUUCUGGAGGUCCUGGAUGGUCGCCGGCCCACCGGGGGGAGGCUAGAGGUGAUGGUCCGGAUCCGGGAGCCACUGACAGCUCAGCAGUUGGAGACCACGACUGAGAGGUGGCUGGUCAUCGACCCCGUGCCAGCCGCCUUGCCCACGCAGGUUGCUGGGCCCAAAGGGAAGGCUCCUGCUGUACCUGCCCCAACAAGGGAGCCAGGGAACAGAUCAGCCCGGCCCCUGCAUAGCCUCAGCGUACUGGCCUUCGACCAAGAGCGUCUGGAGCGGAAGAUCCUGGCCCUCAGGCAGGCGCGGCGGCCGGUGCCCCCAGAAGUGGCCCAGCAGUACCAGGACACCGUGCAACGCAGCCAGUGGCAGAGGGCUCAGCUGGAGCAGGGCGGGACCCCUCUCCCCGCAGAGUACCUGGCCCAGCUGGAGCGGCAGCUGCAGUUCUACACGGAGGCCGCCCGGCGCAUGGGCAACGACGGCAACAGAGAGGCCGCAAAGGAGGCGCUGUACAGGCGGAACCUGGUCGAGAGCGAGGUGAGCGGCGGGUGGCGGGGGUGCGGCGGCUGUGGCCGGGCCCCCCUGACCCCAGCGCCUCUCCCCCAGCUGCAGCGGCUCCGCAGGUGAGGGCUGGCGCGUGGGC